GCGCCAACUCCUGGCAGUGCGGGGCCAGCGACUGAGUAGAAACCGCGACCCAAGAGGCGGAGCACACGCAGCGCGGGCUUCCGCUGAGUCUUACUAAGCUUGUUAUAAGAAGACAGUUUUACAAGGACUUAGGAGAAACAGGAUUACGGACAUCAAAAUACCAGGCUUCAGAAAUAUGAAAUAAUCAGCUUAGCAAAUCAUAUAUUCUUCAGUGGAUCUGAGAAUUGAUAAAUCUGCUCUUCACAGUGAUUUGGAACUUAACUAUCCCAGAGAAAAUUUGACCAAGGGACUGCACAGACUGAGUCCAUAUGGAAGAAGAACUUCCCCUUUUCUAUGGAGACAGUGGCCAGCCAGUACAGGCUACUCUGUCAUCUUUGAAGAUGCUAGAUGUGGGAAAGUGGCCAAUUUUUUCCCUUUGUUCUGAGGAAGAACUGCAGUUAAUCCGUCAGGCUUGUGUCUUUGGCAGUGCUGGCAAUGAAGUUUUAUAUACUACAGUAAAUGAUGAGAUUUUUGUGCUUGGCACAAACUGCAGUGGCUGUCUGGGGUUAGGUGAUGUCCAGAGCACCCUUGAACCUCGGAGACUGGAUUCUUUAAGUGACAAAAAAAUAGCUUCCCUCAGCUAUGGGAGUGGUCCACACAUCGUCCUUGCAACAACAGAAGGAGUAGUCUUUACCUGGGGUCAUAAUGCAUAUAGCCAGCUGGGCAAUGGGACAACUAAUCAUGGUUUAGUGCCCUGUCAUGUCUCUACUAAUUUGUCAAACAAACAAGUCAUUGAAGUUGCCUGUGGGUCUUACCAUUCUUUGGUCCUAACAUCUGAUGGCGAGGUGUAUGCCUGGGGCUAUAAUAACUCUGGGCAGAUAGGAUCUGGAUCCACAGCUAAUCAGACGAUCCCUCGCAGAGUCACUGGCUGCUUACAGAAUAAAGUCGUUGUGAACAUAGCAUGUGGCCAGAUGUGCUCAGUGGCAGUAGUGGACACUGGGGAGGUCUAUGUCUGGGGUUACAAUGGGAAUGGGCAGCUGGGACUUGGCAGCAGUGGCAACCAGCCAACCCCCUGUAGAGUGGCGGCUUUGCAGGGCAUUCGUGUGCAGCGGGUUGCCUGUGGCUACGCACACACAUUAGUAUUAACAGAUGAAGGUCAAGUGUAUGCGUGGGGUGCAAAUUCUUAUGGCCAGUUGGGCACUGGCAAUAAAAGUAACCAGUCCUAUCCAACCCCUGUCGUUGUGGAAAAGGACAGGAUCAUAGAGAUCGCAGCCUGUCACUCCACCCACACGUCCGCUGCCAAGACCCAGGGUGGGCACGUGUACAUGUGGGGCCAGUGCCGGGGCCAGUCGGUGAUCCUCCCUCACCUCACCCACUUCUCCUGCACUGAUGACGUGUUCGCCUGCUUUGCCACUCCUGCUGUUACCUGGCGCCUCCUCUCUGUGGAACCUGAUGACCACCUCACUGUGGCUGAGUCACUGAAGAGGGAGUUUGACAACCCGGACACUGCAGAUCUGAAGUUUCUGGUUGAUGGAAAGUACAUUUAUGCACAUAAAGUCCUCCUCAAAAUUAGGUGUGAGCAUUUUCGUUCUUCGUUGGAAGACAGUGAGGAUGAUACAGUAGAAAUGAGUGAAUUUUCAUAUCCUGUAUACCGAGCCUUCCUGGAGUAUCUGUACACAGACAGCAUCAGUCUUUCUCCGGAAGAGGCAGUAGGAUUGCUAGAUUUGGCUACAUUUUACAGAGAAAAUCGUUUGAAAAAGCUCUGCCAACAAACCAUCAAGCAAGGAAUCUGUGAGGAGAAUGCUAUUGCUCUGCUCUCAGCUGCUGUGAAAUAUGAUGCCCAGGAUUUAGAAGAAUUCUGCUUCAGGUUUUGCAUAAACCAUCUGACUGUUGUAACACAAACUUCAGGGUUUGCAGAAAUGGACCAUGAUCUCCUGAAGAGCUUCAUCAGCAAAGCCAGCAGAGUUGGAGCAUUUAAAAAUUGAUCCUUGCCUGCACAAAAGGAUGUGACUUUCUAUUUCCCCUGCAGAAAAGCUGGUGAUGAAUAAUUCUUAGCAAUAUUUAUGAUGAGCUACAUUUGGUUUUAUAUCAGGAGGAUAAUAAUUGGUCUUAUCCAUCUGUUGAAAUCAGUUUACAUAGAAAGCAUUGAAUGGUCUGAUCAGGUAUGGCUGUGUUUAAGGAAAACAAUGCAAAUGUCUUAUUGUAUUUGCUCCUUUUUACUUUUGAGUCACUUAAUUUGGAUAGCUUUGGUACAUUAGUAUAUUGGUUGGUGCCAUUCUGGGCAAAUGUUCCAUUAUCCAGCUGGCUGAUACUAUAAAGCCAGAUAAGCACUGUUGUCACAACCACAUUUUCAGAUCCAGCAGAGUACCUGGCAUAUAAUAGGCACACAAGUAAUUUAUUGAAAAUAUUAAAGGUGGCCUGGGAACAGAUUUGUUUAUGGAAUACUGGAUUUAAAAUAGCCUAUAAUUAUUGAGAUUCAUAUUCUUCUGAUAUAUUGUUCUGAGGAAUAGUGAUUAAUUUAGUGAAAUGGUGGCGAACCUUUUAGAGCUUUCAGUGCUAACAGCCCACCACGGCACAUGUGCCAUAGGUUCACCACCACUGAUGUAGAGCAUUAAUUAGAAUUCACGCAAGGCCUUAGCAGUUAAAUUGUCAAAGGUUCAAGGGCUAAUUUUAAUUUUCUAUUAAUAACGAGUCUUUGAUUUCUCAUGGGAUUACUGAAAUAUUAUCUCUGUACAAAGGUUUUUUCGAGGCUCAUCUGCCUUACAUAAUUGUAUACAUUUCUUUAUGUUAAGGAGAAUUUGCUUCGUAAGUAAAAAUGAUUGUUUUUCUUAUAGUUGACUUGUAUGUCACUAUAAAAUAGGUUUCAGUGUGGCACUAGUAUAAUUGUACUAGAUGAAAAGGAAGUAAUACAUUUCAUGGACAGUAUUCACAAGACAGAGUUAUUUAUACUUUUUACAUCAAAUUACCCAACUGUAAGAGCAACUAGAAUGGGAAGUAGUGUCUGAUUCUUUUAAUACUGUAUCACAGUAUGAUGUUAUGUAAAGAAAACCCUUUAGAAUUAGAAAUCUUGUGAUGCUGAACUCUUUGAUAAUAAAGUUGCUGAUUUGCACAUAAUUGAACAAAUGUUUUUUAAUCUCUAAAAAGCAGCAAAACUGUGCAAUACUGACUUCAUGUCUCUUAGCUAUAUGUAAAUCCAUUUACUAAACUGUACAUUUCAAAGCUGUUAUUCAGAUAAACUUUUAUAAGAAAGUCUACACCAAAACAUAAAUGGCUUAGUGCUCGCUUUAAAAAAGCAAACCAAAUCACUAUUCAUACUACUGCUUUUUACUGUGGUACAUUCACACUGUAAAAUACUAGUACUAAAAAAGAAAUGGCCAUCAAGCCAUAAAAAGGCUUGAGGGAACUUAAAAUAUAUAGCCCUAAGUGUGUGUGUGAGGGAACAGUAUGAAAAGGCUACCAUAUUUUAAGAGACAAACGCCAUGACCUUCAGGAAACUAUGGCAACAGUAAAAGUGUCAAUGGCUGCUAGGGGUUAGGGCAGGGAAGGGAUACAUGGGAGAACAAGGGGUUUUUAGGGCAAUAAAACUUUUAUAUGACACUCUAAUGCUAGCUACAUGCCAUUCUACAUUUGUCCAAAUCCACAGAAUGUAUAACACCCAACAAUGUGUUAUACAUAGUGCAACUAUGGCCUUCAAGUGAUAUGUCAAUUAUAACAAAUAGUCACUUGUUAUUUUGUUAGCCAUAUACCAUUUAUUUUCUUUUUCUUUUUUUGGAUAUUUGCUAUUUUACCCAACAACCCUUAAGACAUGGGAAGGCGUUUAAACAACUGUGAUCUUCAUUUUGUUGUUUUUCCUUACCUCCAACACUAGCUAUAACAAUCUUGGCUCAUAAGGCUUCUGUGUCUUAGUCUUUAUUCCUAUCCUAUUCCUGAUGGUUUUCUGAAGCUCCUUAGUGAGUGCAGUUUGUGUGUGUGUGUGUGUGUGUGUGUGUGUGUGUACUGGGGAUUGAACUUGGGACCUUGAGCUUGCAAGGCAGGCAGCAGCACCACUAACGUAAAUCCCUGGCCCUAGUGAGUGCACUUUUGAUUUACAAACUCACUUCCUAUAAAACUGGAACUCAAAGAAAAACAGGUUUAUUUAGGGAUGACUUCCCUUCCCCUUACCAAACUCUACAAUAGGUCAGUACCAUACUUACAGAAUGAAAGUUAUUACUCUGGAUUUGCAGCCAUAUUUUCUCUGUAAGCUUUGUUAUAUGAAGAGGUGCAUUAUUAUCUCAGUUAUUAUCUCUGCACAACAAUAUGUGGGACUUACAGAAUAUAAACAUGAGGAUUCUAAUUUAGUAUACAAUAACUUAAGAAGCUCCACAAGUAAUUUUGAUACCCAAGGAUGAGAAUCAGGUCUUCCUCUUAAAACCUGAUACUCCAAACAAUAAGGAAGAACUAAUUUUAGCCCAGUUUGAGAGAUGACAGAUAAGUUCUAGAUAUGGAUAUAUCUGUCUGAAAAAAAAGUUCUCUCUCUGGUCUUUGUGGAAAGGCAUAUUAGACACUAAUAUGAUAUUUCCUUCUGACAGAUGAGUAUUUAGAAAGCCUCAAAAAUCCUAUUUUCCUGCUAUUAGUAUUCUAUGAGAGAAAGGUAAAUUUUCAUAGUGACAGUGCAACAGAAAUGAUUGGCUCCUUUCUUUUGUACAAGUUUAUCUUAAGUUUUUCCAGCCUUAAGUUUUGUUUCUUAAUCCUACAAGGAAGUUCAAUGUUUUAAUGUUUCCAGCAUAAUUUAUCUUUAUAUACACAGAAAAAGACUAAGAUUGUACUUGAAUGAAAUAGUGUCCUCACAGGUUUAAGGUGCCAUUUAACCCAUUUUAAAAAGCAAAAGUAACCAUUUUACCCCAAGUGUCACUCAGGGCAGUGCAACUGUCUAAGGACUACCCUGAGCAUCACUCGGGCAAGUGUCAUUUCAACUAGUUGAUUCUUAAUAUUGAAUACAUUUCAUAAAAUUAUCAUUUUUAUAUUUCCUGUUAUUUUAUAAAAACAAAAAUAGGCAAUUCUUGGUCAACCUGUAUUUAAGUAAUUGGACUGGUUAAGAAUGUUGAAUGUGUUCCUUAGCUAGCUUGGCACUACUAUACUUUGGACCAUAAUAUGUAUAGUUUAUUUAGAGGCAGAAUUCACCAGUAAUACUGAAAGAAAUAAUUACAAACAAUAUAACCUUGCCUAUCUUAAGCCUUCCUACUGCCAUUUGCACAAGUGGUUUAAAGAGAAUUGUGAGAAAAAGAAUCAUAUCUAUUAUUUAAAAUUUGGUCUUUAUAGGAACAUAGAUGCA